ACAAGUUGAGGGCGUCGCGCCAGUGAUCACGCCGAGUCGCACGCGCUCAGAUCGUCGGUCCCGUGUGGAUGUCUCUAAGUAAUAGUUACGUGAUUUUUGAAAACAAAAAUAGUUAAAUAGAUAACACGUAUUUAUGAUAUAUAUAAUAAAAUAAGUAUCAAUAUUUACUAGUGUUUUUUUUUUGUUUAAUCUUUUUUUAUUAUUGAAAUUUAUCGAUUUGUUUAAUUAUUGUUAUUUUUGAUUACGAAAUUAUGAAGGAAAUAUUGUUUAAUUUUAACGUCAGUGAUUCGGUCUGUACUUGACGGAUUUCCUGACACCUGGAUUUCUAUUUUGGACCAAAGUGGUCAAAUGACGUUAACAUCGUGAAAGGGACAUCCGGACGACGACACCAAGCCCAAUGAGAUCACAAUGUUGCUGACAUUUCUACUGGCAGCCGCGCUGUGGAACUGCAAUUGCUGGUGGAAUGCCGCCAAUAUUUACACUUUCGCCGUGCAACCCGGAUAUUUGGACUUUGACAAUUUACCGGACACGAAUUUUUCAUGCGACGGCAAAGUCAUCGGAGGUUAUUACGCGGACGUGGAGACUGGCUGUCAGAUGUUUCAUGUUUGCACCAUUGGCCAAAAAGCGGAAAUUACGGAUAUCAAAUUCUUAUGUCUAAACGGGACGGUAUUCGAUCAGGAAACCAGGGUUUGUGAACGUUUGGACGAAGUGGAUUGCAGUAGGAGCGAAAGUUUCUUCGAUCUUAACUUGGAGCUAUAUGGAAACAACGGAGCGGGCUAUGGGAUCGCACCGGAAGAACCACCGGAACAGGAGUCAGUGCAGUGUAACGAGGAUGAAGGAGAGUGUUCCGGGACAUCCGAUUACUUUGACGAGGAGAUAACGACGAUCGCGGGGCCGGUGGGCGCGUUGGCGGCCACAGCGGCAGUCAUUGCCACGACCACGACGACGACCACCACCACGACGACGACCACUACGACGCCGCGGACAACCACGAUCAGUGCGGCCACGAGCACUAAGCGUCCGUCCCAGCCGAUAGUGAUGACGAGCACGGCGAAACCGACGCAGCAGCCAGCCGUCUCGUAUCCGACCAACUCGCCGGAAACGAUAGCGGCCCUGAUAGCGCUGCACAACGCGUUUCAGGAGAGUCUCAAAGAACGGGAACAGGGGCCAGGGCCUAAGGGGCAGCAGGCUCAUCACAGGUACCAUCCACCACCACCGCCGCCGCCGCCACCACAACAGCAGCAGCCCAAGCCGUUUACGGUGGCCAACUUCCAACCGCCACGGCACUUCCCGUCCAAGGCGCCGCAGCAACAUCUGCAACAGCAGCAACAUCCACAACAUCACCAGCAGCAGCAGCAACAGCAGCCGCCACCACCGCCGUACCGACAUCAACAGCAACAUCUACAACAGUCCCAACAACAACAGCAGCAGCAGCAUCCGGUUUUAUUGUCGUCCGAGCGGUUUGGAAACCAAAACUUCCGUCACGGCUUCCGGUUGCAAAACGAGCCGCCGCCGCCACCGCCACCCGCGGACGAGCCGCCACCUCCUUCGUCGUACCAACAUCAGCAGUACACCGGCGACGGUGCGCAGUACGACGGUAACUACGACGAAGGCGUUGCGGCCAUCGGAUUGGGCGACGAGGACGACGUGGACGACGAAGAGUCUCGGCGGAACUUUGCGCGCGAAGCUCCCGAAUCUUCGGUGUCGGUUUCGGUGCAGGUCAGCUCGUCGUCGACCAAAAACAGUGCCAUCAAUCAGCAGCAACAGCAACAGCAGGUGGCCGCCGCCGCCGCCGUUGACGGAGAGUCUGCGACGCCGACCGCGACCGCGGCGACGACCACGACGGUGGCCACGGCCACUGCGGCCGACAGCCCGUUCACGGCCAAGCCGUUAUCAUUGCCGCAGCCGCCUCCAGCGGACGACGCCGAUCCGAACGGCGGCGACCUGUACGAAGACGAGUACGAAGAGUCGGAAGGCGACGAAGAGUUCUUCAAGGACGUGCCAAAAGUGGGUCAGGACAGAAGACGGAGAUACGCAUUGGGCGACGGCAGACGAGCGUAGCGAUGCGACGAUGAUUUUGAUAACAAUAACAAUAAUAAUAAUAAUAAUAUUAUCGUUGUCGUUGGCAACCGUGUACGACGCGGGAACGGCCGUCAAAGCCGCCGCGAUGAGACGAUCGAACGCAGUUCAACAUGUUUUUGCUCAAUAGUUUUGCGUCUGUCGUUGUGAUCACGACUAUUAUAAUAUACACUAUACGCAAAUACGGCCAUUUUUUUCACUUCUCGUCGUCGUCGGUCGUAUAUUCUUUUACGCCGACGUUAAUGUAUACUAUACUUCUCCUCCUAAUCUCUGUCUGCCACCCUCACUUUCUACUCACCCCUGUCCUAGUUGCGAGUAAGAAAAAGAAAUACGUGAUUUUUUUUAUUUUGUUUUACUGUUUACCUACAUUUUUUUUAUGUAUAAUAAUAUUAGACGAUUUUUUUUACGAAUACGCUAAUGAUGGUCAUAACAUUAUUAUAAAUAUUAUUAUUUUUUUGCAAUAAUUCUGUCGUGUAAAAUAAUGUACAUAUCCUUGCUAUUCCUAUACAAUUGUCAUGUACCUAUAAUCAGGGCUCGGGACUAUUAGCACUCGCGUGUAUAUGAUAAACUUGUGUGUCCGUGUAGGAUUUAUCGUUUAAAAAUUUUGCGGAAUCGUUUCGUUCAAGCUUUCAAUAAUAUUAGGUAUUAAUACGAAUUUUGAUUUUUUUUUUCUGUUUUCGCGGUUAUUUUUUGAAUGAAAUAUUUUUAUCCACACUAUUUUAUGUCGUAUUCAACCGAUAGUAUUAGUAUUAUUUAUCAUAAUUUUAAAUAAAGUGUUUGGAUUUAAAAAAAUAAGUUUGAGUUAUUCAUACAUUUUUACGUAUUUAAGUGAUAUUAUAUUAAUUAAGCGCUCAAGUCCCGACCCAUGAUUAUAAAUAAAUUAGUAUAAACGAUAUUGUGUCCUGUACGAAUUAAAUACAUGUUAUAUUGUUACACGCAACGCGUAAGGAUAUUAAAAUAAAAGAAUAUAUUUAUAAAUGUAAUAUUAUUUUGAGUUAACCAAGUAUAUUUAGGGAUGUUACACAAGUCGUAUGCAUAUAAUAAUAUAGUAUUAUUUUGUAUUUUUUUUACCCUAGAAAACAUAACAAUAUCAUAUAUACAUAAUAUGUUAUUGAUGAUUAUUAAUUUUAUGUUUUUCCUCACAUAUGAUGGGUAAUUUAGACUGAUACAUGUUAUUAUUAUUGUACUCGGAUUAUUGUGUUUAGUUUUACGAAAAGCGUAUAAUAUACGAUAUUAAAAUUGUUUAAUCAUUUUUAGUAUAAU